AUGGAGUCGGAGGUGGUGAGGACGGAGAUGGUGCUGGCGCCGACGCUGCCGUUCAAGAAGAUGCAGACGGCGGACAAGUAUCCCAAAGGCCAGUCCCGGGGCCGCCAGUGGAAGCACCUGCGCCACCUGCUCCAGUCCGCUGACGCAUCCUCCAUGCCCCCGGACCGCCCCAAUUAUAUGAAUAUCCAAUCGCCCCCAUCCAUUUACCCACCAAAGAGAUACUGUGACUUAACAGGUUUUGAGGCACCGUAUGUGGAUCCGAGGACAAAGUUGCGCUACGCUGAUCCAGAGGUGUUCAAGCAGAUCAGGAUGCUUCCUGAUGAAUACGUCCAAAGAUCUUUCUUCCUCCCUCUUGUAUAUUGA